CUUGGGGCUCCAUCCUAGGAUCGUGACCUGAGCCAAAGGCAGAUGCUUCACUGACUGAGCCACCCAGGUGCCCCUAACCUGCUUUCUUAAUAUAUAUUGUUCAUUAUAACUGAAGAAAUGGAACAUCUUAUGUUUUUAUGCUCUAAAAGAUGUAUUUGCAAGAAACAAGCCAGCCUAAUUUCAUUUUAUAACUUUUAUUGAUUUUCUUUUAAGUACUAGCUAGCAAAAGGAUUCAUUUGAACAAAAAAUUACACUGAAUAAAUGCUGUAGGCAAAGCAUUAUGCUAGAUUCCUGAACAGAGCUACCUGCCCUGCCCUCUAGGAACUGUCUAGUCUAAUAAAACAGAUAUAAACAUAAAGCACACAUCAAGUUCACUUAAAACUCUUUUUUGUAUGGUUGAAAAUGUAACAGGAAAAAAACAUAAACCAAGGAGCAUGAAUAUGAAAACUCAAUGUAAUUUUAAAGAUCCUGUCAUACUGAGUUUGCCAGAAUACAGAAUCUAGUGGUCUUAGAAGACACUUAAAAUUUCAUAAAUUUUAAAAUUAAAGAUAUUUUAAUGUUCAUUUUUUGGAAGUUUUCUUGCUGAUGAUUUAAAAUAAUUCACAAUAUUUACAAAAUUAUGAGGUUAUUACAUUCAAAUAAAUGGAAAAAUUAUAACAGAAUUUUACUUAAAAUCUCUUGAUAGAAUUAUGCUUUCCCGCACGGUUUAGAGUGUGAUGGGGGAAAACAUGAAAACCAAGAGACAUGAAUGUGAAACGUACACCAUUUCCUCGGGAAGCCUAAUGUUGGUUUAAGGAGGAAGCUGGGUGGGGGUGGAGGGGAAUUAGAACAUUUUUUCCAACAAAUAAUCUGGCAAAAAAAGUUUUUAAAAGAAGUUUGAUAUAGGGUUAUAUUCCUCAGGAAAAAACCUCCCCCUCCCCAAACAAAACAAACUAAACCAAAUAAGUCACCAGAUCUUUCCAAAUCUGUGUUGAAAAAUACUGAGAUUAGUAAUUCCAGGACACAGAAGCAGGACAAAUACCAGUGUUCCAAAACUCUUCCAGCAGGCUCGUGAGGUUUUCACACCACUCCCACGUCUACUUACAAAGCACAGCUCUGUCAACAAACACUUCCAGAACUAAAUGUAACGCACCAACACGCCACUCCGCCCUUAAACAUUACCACCGGGGAGCUAGGCCGCGGCGAGUUAGAGCCGGGAUUAGAGCCCCGCCCCGGGGAUGCGGCCUCUAAUCGGCCGCUCUAGGCCCGGCGAGUGCUCUCUAUGGUCGGGCGGGCGGUGUGUUGUCAUCCGCGGAGCGACGGCCGGAGGCAGCGGCUUAGGCCCCGGCGGGGCGUUUGGUUUCGCUUUGGCCCUGACUGCAAUUAGCGUUGACGGUCGAAAUGGGAGUCCCCAAGUUUUACCGAUGGAUCUCGGAGCGGUAUCCCUGCCUCAGUGAAGUGGUGAAAGAGCAUCAGAUUCCUGAAUUUGAUAACUUGUACCUGGAUAUGAAUGGAAUCAUACAUCAAUGUUCCCAUCCUAAUGAUGAUGAUGUUCACUUCAGAAUUUCAGAUGAUAAAAUCUUUACUGAUAUUUUUCACUACUUGGAGGUGUUGUUUCGCAUUAUUAAACCUAGGAAAGUGUUCUUUAUGGCUGUUGAUGGUGUGGCUCCUCGAGCAAAAAUGAACCAGCAGCGGGGGAGGCGUUUUAGGUCAGCAAAGGAGGCAGAAGACAAAAUAAAAAAGGCAUUAGAAAAAGGAGAAACUCUUCCUACAGAGGCCAGAUUUGAUUCCAACUGUAUUACACCAGGGACUGAAUUCAUGGCCCGGUUACAUGAACAUCUGAAGUAUUUUGUAAAUAUGAAAAUUUCUACAGAUAAGUCGUGGCAAGGAGUUACCAUCUACUUCUCAGGCCAUGAGACUCCCGGAGAAGGAGAGCAUAAAAUCAUGGAAUUUAUCAGAUCGGAGAAAGCAAAGCCAGAUCAUGAUCCAAACACCAGACAUUGUCUUUAUGGUUUAGAUGCUGACUUGAUUAUGCUUGGAUUAACAAGUCACGAGGCACAUUUCUCUCUUUUAAGAGAAGAGGUUCGGUUUGGUGGCAAAAAGACACAAAGGGUAUGUGCACCAGAAGAAACCACAUUUCACCUCCUACACUUGUCUUUAAUGAGAGAGUAUAUUGACUAUGAGUUUUCAGUAUUGAAAGACAAGAUCACUUUUAAAUAUGAUAUUGAAAGGAUAAUAGAUGAUUGGAUUUUGAUGGGAUUUCUUGUUGGCAAUGAUUUUAUCCCUCAUCUACCUCAUUUACAUAUUAAUCAUGAUGCACUGCCUCUUCUUUAUGGAACGUAUAUUACCAUCCUGCCAGAACUUGGUGGUUAUAUUAAUGAAAGUGGGCAUCUCAACUUACCUAGAUUUGAGAAAUACCUUGUGAAACUAUCAGAUUUUGAUCGGGAACACUUCAGUGAAGUUUUUGUGGACCUAAAGUGGUUUGAAAGCAAAGUUGGUAACAAGUACCUCAAUGAAGCAGCAGGUGUUGCAGCAGAAGAAGCCAAGACCUACAAGGAAAAGAAAAAAUCAAAGGGCCAGGAAAAUGCCAUUUGUUGGGCUGCUUUAGACAAAAAUGGAGAAGUGGUAACUUCUAAGGAUAAUUUAGAAGAUGAGACUGAAGAUGAUGACCUAUUUGAAACUGAGUUUAGACAAUAUAAAAGAACAUACUACAUGACGAAGAUGGGAGUUGAUGUAGUGUCUGACGACUUUCUGGCUGAUCAAGCUGCAUGUUAUGUUCAGGCAAUACAGUGGAUUUUGCACUAUUACUAUCACGGAGUUCAGUCUUGGAGCUGGUAUUAUCCCUACCAUUAUGCACCUUUCCUAUCUGAUAUCCGUAACAUCAGUACACUCAAAAUCCAUUUUGAACUAGGAAAACCUUUUAAGCCAUUUGAACAGCUUCUUGCUGUACUUCCAGCAGCUAGCAAAAAUUUACUUCCUACAUGCUACCAGCACUUGAUGACCAGUGAAGACUCACCAAUUAUAGAAUAUUAUCCACCUGAUUUUAAAACUGACCUAAAUGGGAAACAACAGGAAUGGGAAGCUGUGGUACUAAUACCUUUUAUUGAUGAGAAGCGAUUGUUGGAAGCCAUGGAAACAUGUAACCACUCCCUCAAAAAGGAAGAAAGGAAAAGAAACCAACAUAGUGAGUGCCUAAUGUGCUGGUAUGAUAGAGACACAGAGUUCACUUACCCGUCACCAUGGCCAGAAAAGUUCCCUGCCAUAGAACGUUGUUGUACAAGGUAUAAAAUAAUAUCAUUAGAUGCUUGGCGUGUAGACAUAAGCAAGAACAAAAUAACCAGGGUUGACCAGAAGGCACUGUAUUUCUGUGGAUUUCCUACCCUGAAACACAUCAAACACAAAUUUUUUUUGAAGAAAAGUGGGGUUCAAGUAUUCCAGCAAAGCAGUCGUGGAGAAAACAUGAUGUUAGAAAUCUUAGUGAAUGCAGAAUCAGAUGAACUUAGCGUAGAAAAUAUAGCUUCAUCAGUGCUUGGAAAGUCUGUCUUUGUUAAUUGGCCUCAUCUUGAAGAAGCUAGAGUUGUUGGUAUAUCAGAUGGAGAAACUAAAUUUUACUUGGAAGAACCUCCAGGAACACAGAAGCUUUAUUUGGGAAGAACUGCCCCACCAUCUAAAGUGGUCCAUCUUGGAGACAAGGAACAAUCUAACUGGACAAAAGAAGUACAAGGAAUUUCAGAAUACUACCUAAGAAGGAAAGGAAUAAUAAUAAAUGAAACAUCUGCAGUUGUAUAUGCUCAGUUACUCACAGGUCGUAAAUACCAAAUAAAUCAAAAUGGUGAAGUUCGUCUAGAGAAACAAUGGUCAAAACAAGUUCUUCCUUUUGUUUAUCAAACUAUUGUAAAGGACAUCCGAGCUUUUGACUCCCGUUUCUCCAAUAUCAAAACAUUGGAUGACUUGUUUCCUCCUAGAAGUAUGGUCUUUAUGCUGGGAACCCCCUAUUAUGGCUGCGCUGGAGAAGUUCAAGAUUCAGGGGAUGUGAUUACAGAAGGUAGGAUUCGUGUGGUUUUCAGCAUUCCAUGUGAACCCAAUCUUGAUGCUUUAAUACAGAACCAGCAUAAAUAUUCUAUAAAGUACAACCCAGGAUAUGUGUUGGCCAGUCGUCUUGGAGUGAGUGGAUACCUUGUUUCAAGGUUUACAGGAAGUAUUUUUAUUGGAAGAGGAUCUAGGAGAAACCCUCAUGGAGACCAUAAAGCAAAUGUGGGUUUGAAUCUCAAAUUCAACAAAAAAAAUGAGGAGGUACCUGGAUAUACCAAGAAAGUUGGAAGUGAGUGGAUGUAUUCAUCUGCAGCAGAACAACUUCUUGCAGAGUACUUAGAGAGAGCUCCAGAACUAUUUAGUUAUAUAGCCAAAAAUAGCCAAGAGGAUGUAUUCUAUGAAGAUGACAUUUGGCCUGGAGAAAAUGAGAACGGUGCCGAGAAAGUUCAAGAAAUUAUUACUUGGCUAAAGGGACAUCCUGUCAGUACUUUGUCUCGUUCUUCUUGUGAUUUACAAAUUCUGGAUGCAGCUAUUGUUGAGAAAAUUGAGGAAGAAGUCGAAAAGUGCAAGCAAAGAAAGAAUAAUAAGAAGGUACGAGUGACAGUGAAGCCCCAUUUGCUGUACAGACCUUUAGAACAGCAACAUGGAGUCAUUCCUGAUCGAGAUGCAGAAUUUCGUCUCUUUGACCGUGUGGUAAAUGUGAGAGAGAACUUUUCAGUUCCAGUUGGCCUUCGGGGCACCAUCAUAGGAAUUAAAGGGGCUAAUAGAGAAGCUGAUGUACUAUUUGAAGUGUUAUUUGAUGAAGAAUUUCCUGGAGGCUUAACGAUAAGGUGCUCUCCUGGUAGAGGUUAUCGACUGCCAACAAGUGCCUUGGUGAAUCUUACUCAUGGGAGUCGCUCUGAAACCGGAAAUCAGAAGUUGACAGCCAUUGUGAAACCACAACCAGCUGUGAAUCACUAUAGCUCAAAUUCAUCAAUUUCAUCUGGGCAUUUGGGAGGCCUGAACCAUUCCCCUCAAUCACUUUUUGUUCCUACUCAAGUACCUACUAAAGAUGAUGAUGAAUUUUGCAACAUUUGGCAGUCCUUACAGGGAUCUGGAAAGGUUCAACACUUUCAGCCAACUCUACAAGAGAAGGUUGCAGUUCUACCUCAAGAAGUAAGUCAAGUAACUCAACAUCAUAAAUCUGGCUUUACUGACAACAGUAUUAAAUGUCAGCAAAGAAAACAUGAGCCUCACAGAAAAUUUAAAGAAGAGUGUAAGAGUCCUAAAACUGAGAGUCGGUUACAAAAACUGUCAAAUAAGCAGAUGCUUGGAGGGCCUGCCAAAUGUAAUAUUAAGCUAUUGAAGAGAAAUGAAAGUGCAGAAGUCUCAGAAAACCAGAAGGUUGUGACCAGUUACUCAAAUGCUAUUGAUAAGCCUAACCCUGGAAUUGAGAACUUUUUAGCAUCCUUGAAUAUCUCCAAAGAAAAUGAAGUACAGUCAUCUCAUCAUGAAGAGCCUCCAAGUGAAGAACUUUUGUCACCACAAUCUUUUGCUAUGAAGGGAACUCGGAUGCUUAAAGAAAUACUAAAAAUUGAUGGCUCUGAUGCUGUGGACCAUAAAAAUGAAAUGAAGCAGUUUGGUAAUGAAGUCACUGUUUCCUCUAAUAGAAGAGAUGAAUAUGGACCUUCCUCCCAGGCUAAACAAAAUAAGAAAUUAACAUCUUAUAUGAAUAAACCUCACAGUACUAGCGAAUACCAUAAUGUUCAGUCUAUGGACCAUGUGUGUUGGCCUGCUCCCAGCCAUAUCCCUCCUGUGUCCACACCAGUAACUGAACUUUCUCGAAUUUGUUCCCUUGUUGGAAUGCUACAACCAGAUUUCUCCUUUCUUAGAACACCACAGACAAUGACAGUUUGCCAGGUAAAAUUAUCUAAUGGCUUACUGGUACACGGGCCACAGUGCCAUUCUGAAAAUGAAGCCAAGGAAAAAGCCGCACUUUUUGCUUUACAACAAUUGGGCUCCUUAGGAGUGAAUUUCCCUUUGCCUCCACCAAUAUUUCCAAAUUAUCCUCCUGCUGUACCACCCGGAACCGUUCCCCCUGUUUUUCCUCAACCUACUGGCUGGGAUCACUAUGGAAGCAACUUAGCAUUGGGGGCAGCUAAUAUAAUGCCUUCAUCAUCUCAUCUCUUUGGCUCCAUGCCAUGGGGACCACCAGUGCCAGUUCCUGGGAAGCCAUUUCAUCAUACUUCAUAUUCUGGGACCAUGCCCAUGGCUGGGGGAAUGCCAGGUGGUGUGCACAAUCAGUUCAUACCUCUACAGGUUACUAAAAAAAGGGUUGCAAAUAAAAAGAACUUUGAGAGUAAGGAGGUCCAGAAUUCUCAAGCUACCCCGCUUCAGACUAGCCAGCCAGGGUCUUCCAUUGUCACCAAAGUGAUUCCACAGGAGAGUUCAUCAGCUUCCUUAAAGUCCUCUCAGAUUACUCAACCUGCAUCUUCUUUUCAAGCUGAAGCUGCCUCCCAAGGCCAUAGUAUGUCUCAUCACAAGUCCACACCAAGCUCAUCUUCAAGAAGAAAAUCAAGAAAACUGGCCGUCAAUUUUGGCGUUUCUAAACCUUCUGAAUAAAUUUGGUACUUGGAAUUAAAUUAAUUUCUUUCCUUUCCACCCACCUUUUUAGAAAUCCGUAUCUGUGUCUCAUAAAAAAUUAGAGUGUACUAUUUUAAAAUAGUAUGUUUUGAUUAAAAAUUUUCUUUUCAAUUAAAAUUUUUAAUUUGUUGUCAGGCACUUUUCAUGCUAUAUCAAAUUGUGCAUCUUAAAUGUGCAGUUUUACAUCAGUUAUACCUCAGUAAAGCUGUAAAAAAGAAAAACUAAAUUAAACCUUGUGUUAAAAUAGUAUCAGUGGACUAAGCAUUAAAAUGUACCACUCUAACUCGGCCUCUCAUCAAUAGAAGUAUCCUGAACUAUGAAUUAGACAUCAUAGUGCAAUAAUAAUAAAAAAAAAUUUUACACUAUUGAGGGAUAAUUAAAUGGAGCAUGAAAAUUGGGCCUCAAGUGUAAUCUACUGAAUGUGGAUUUUAUUUCUCUUUUUAAUGAUGUGACAGGUUUGUCAGGAGAAUGGCUCUUAAAGUAUUUUAACUUACAUUUUGUUUUCUCUGAGGGUCCUUUAGACCUGCUGUGAAAUGAUCACACUUGUGGUGGUGCUGCCAGUUUUGCUUUAUUCUAAAUUUUGUACCAAAGCAACUUUAGAAUACUGAUCAGAAUAUUUCAAUUAACUGCUUAGAACUAUAAAUAGCAACCUAGAUUUGAGCAAGUAAUUACAAUUUUUUAGAUUAUUCAAGAACCAGCAUUAGAAAUUUCUAAUAAAAUUAAGUUUCAAAAUCUACAGGGUACAAGGACUACAAAUUAAUCUUCUAAUAGAAUAAAGUAAAAUAUAUUAGUCA